AUGGAUAACUUAAAUGGAAAUGCUGACAUCAUAAAACCAUCUUUUGAAAAUAUACCUCAAAGUUUAGAGUCUUUAGAACCAUGUAUUGGUAUGGUGUUUGAAUCAGCAGAGGAUGCUAGGGAAUUCUACAAGGAAUAUGGGCAACGUGUGGGCUUUACCAUACGGAAUAACCGUACACGUCGAUCACUUAAAGAUAAGUCAGUAAAAGGACGGGAGUUUGUUUGUUCCAAAGAAGGUUUCCGUGCGGAUAAAUACGCAAAUGGAGGGAGCAGAAUUCUUCCUUUGAGACCAGCUUCUAGAGGGGGAUGCAAUGCAAUGUUAAAGGAUAGCUGCAAAAGAUGGCGCAAAGUGGGUUAUAUAUGGUUUUGUGAAGGAGCAUAA